AUGGGGGAUUUUCAUCCAAAUCACCAAGGGAAGGAGUGGCUAAGCAAUGAGCUCAAUUUUGGGAUUCUAACAUUAAGGCCAAAUUGCUCUCUCCACUUCAACAUUUCCAUCAACAAUGGCAUCUCAAGAAUCCUUUCAUCACCCGCCGCCAUUUCGUUCCCCAACGCCACCACCGGACUUACCUCUAAAUCCCUCUCCUCAAACCUCUCCAUUUCUCCCCUUUCACUCAACCUCCACCGCCGCCCUUCCAAACCCAUUUCCUUUUCAACCAAGACAACCCCAAUCUACGCCGCUAUCUCCGUCGGAGAGAAGCUUCCCGACGCCACCCUCUCCUACCUCGACUCCGAUGAUGAACUCCAAACUACCACCAUCUCCUCCCUUACCGCCGGCAGAAAAGCCGUCCUCUUCGCCGUCCCCGGUGCUUUCACCCCCACGUGCUCCCAGAAACACCUCCCUGGGUUCGUGGAGAAAUCAGGGGAACUGAAGGCCAAAGGGUUCGACACCAUCGCCUGUAUCUCUGUCAACGACGCUUUUGUGAUGAAGGCUUGGAAGGAGAAUCUGGGUAUCAACGAUGAGGUUCUUUUGUUGUCGGAUGGGAAUGGGAAAUUCACCAAGAAAAUUGGGUGCGAAAUGGAUUUGAGCGAUAAGCCCGUUGGACUUGGAGUUCGAUCAAGAAGGUACGCGCUCUUGGCUGAAGAUGGAAUCGUUAAACUUCUUAACUUGGAAGAAGGAGGUGCUUUUACUUUCAGUGGAGCUGAAGACAUUCUCAAAGUGCUUUGAUUUUCAAGACAACGGCAACUC